AUGAAGAGAGAAAGAGAGAAGAAGAGUGUUACUCAGGAGCUGACAGAGAAGGAGAGGAUUGAGGCCUUGUUCAGGUCUCAAAUGCACUUCAUGAUUCAGAAUAUUGAGAAGACAGCUCUGCUCUCUGAGUAUGUCAAUCUGCUUACUGCUGAGGUGGAACCCGAGACAGCAGACCAGGAAAUGCAGGAUUUUGAGAUGCAGAUUGACCUGGCUGAGAGGGAGCUGCAGAAACCCUUCUCUGAGAAGACAGUGAAGAGAGAUUUUGAAAUGAUUAUCAUCUCAGAUGAGAAGAAGAAGAAGAAGAAGAAGAAUGAGAAGUGA